AUGCCUUCCGACCUAUCAAAUUAUCUCGCCUCGAAAUAUCUCGUCGCCGAUUCGAAGCCAAAAAAGAAGAAGCGCAAGCAAGCCGCCGCGACCAGUGGCUUGCUCAUAACGGACGACGACGAUGGCGGCUGGGGCCAAACAGGACCGGACGACGACGACGACGAUGGACCUCUUACCGUGACGGGUGCUUCCGCAGAAUUCCGACGAGCAAAGAAGAACAACUGGAAAAGCUUGGGCGGAGACAACGCGAGCAAGGACAAGGAUGACGCCGCCGCCGCAGACGCCAUCCUAGCCUCGGUCGCCGCUGAAUCUGCAGCCGCUCGAGCCGAAGACGAAGAGAUGCCCCUGGUGGAGGAAGACCCCAGCGUCGUCAAGAUGAGCGACGGAACCCACGCGGGCUUGCAGUCCGCGGCCACCGUCUCGGCGCAGCUACGCCAGCGCCAGCAACAAGAGCGCGACGAGUUUGAGCGCCAUCGCAAAAACGCAAAGGAAGAAGAGACGGUGUACCGCGACGCGACCGGCCGACGAAUAGACAUUUCCAUGAAGCGCGCCGAGGCGCGCCGCAUGGCCGCCGAGGCCGAGGAGAAGGAGAGGCUCGCCAAGGAGGCGCUCAAGGGCGAGGUACAGCAGGAGGAGGCGCGCCGGCGCCGCGAGCAGCUGCAGGACGCCAAGCUCAUGCCCCUGGCGCGAAAAGCCGACGACGAGGACAUGAACAGGGAGCUCAAGGAGCAGGAGAGGUGGAACGACCCGAUGAUGCAGUUCAUGAGCGGCAAGGAGUUGUCGACAGGCAAGGGCAAGUCGAAACGACGGCCGGUAUACACAGGCGCGGCCCCGCCGAACCGAUACGGCAUCAAGCCCGGCUAUCGCUGGGACGGCGUGGACAGAGGAACAGGGUUCGAGGCGGAGCGCUUCAAGGCUCUAAACAGGAGGAAGCGGAACGAAGGGCUCGACUACGCAUGGCAGAUGGACGAGUAG